UAUAAACACCGCAAAUGUGAUUCUCAAUCACUAAAUUAGUAAAAAUUUCGGCGUUUUAAUUUUUUUUUUCGACGUUGAAAUAAGUAUACUUUAGUAAAUAGUUAGUUAGUAUUAAUUUUAAAAAACAUAACCGGAAAAAACGAAUUCAAAUGGCAUCUAGAGGCAGGCUCGCUAGAAAUGACAACUCUAUGGCAGAACGUCGAUUGCGACCGAUUUAUGAGUGGAUCGAUAAUGGUAACUACAAAAAAGCAUUGCACGAGCUCGAUAAGCUCUUAAAAAAAGUGCCAACUCAAAAUUGUUCAAAAGCACUAAAAUGUUUGACAUUAGUACGUCUGGGCAGAAAUCAAGAAGCAGAAACGCUUCUUGAAGAUGUACGGGGUUUCAAACCAUCUGACGAAUCUACUUUAUUAGCAUUAACAGCAUGUUAUAGAGAGUUGAAACAACCUCAGUUGGUGUGUGAAGUAUAUGAGGAUGCGUUACUUCAAGAUCCUGUUAAUGAAGAAUUGCUAUCUAGUCUGUUCAUGUCGUACGUUCGAAUUUGUGACUAUAAAAAACAACAACAGACAGCAUUAGCGUUGCACAAAGUUAAACCAAAUAACCCUUAUUAUUUUUGGGCUAUUAUGAGUAUCGUAAUGCAAGCAUAUCAAGCUAAUGAUGAAAUAUCGAAAAGAAUAACAUUACCAUUAGCUGAACGUAUGGUACAAAAACAUAUAAAUGAUAAUAAAGUUAAUGCUGAACAAGAAAUUCAACUUUAUUUGAUGAUAUUAGAUAUGCAAAAAAAAUACAAAGAAAGCUUAGAUAUUCUCAAUGGACCAUUGGGAGAAAAAUUAAAUCGUACUGUGGGUUUGAAUCGUAAAAAAAUAGAUAUUUACUUUGAAUUGGAAAUGUACACCGAAGCUAAUUCUUACCUAAAGAGUUUAAUUUUAGAUGACAUAGAUUCGUGGUUUUACUAUACUAAGUACUUUGACUCUCUGUUCAAAAUAAUUGAAAUGAAAGAUAAAUAUACUAACGGCGAUGGAGGAAAUGAAAAGUCUGCUGUCAAAUAUGACUCAUCUAUUGAAGAUGCUUUGUCAUUUCUUAAAGAACUACAAAAGCUGAAUUCUGCUCAAAAUUAUCCUAAAAGAGGAGUUUAUCUUGCUCAUCUUGAACUAUUUUCAAGAUUAAAGAAUGAUGCUGAAAAAUAUUUGGGCUGCCCAAUUAAAUUGCUAACCGAGUAUUUCAAAAUAUUUGGACAAAAACCAUGUUGUUUUAAUGAUCUGAGGCCAUAUGUGUCACUAUUACAAGGUGAAAUGCUCAUUUCUUUUAUGAAAGAUCUCGACGAAAUUGUAGAUUUGAAAGACGGAGACUUUCCCAAAACCAAACCUCAAAUGGAACAUUACUUGACAAAACUUCAAUUAGCUCGUUAUGCUGGUAUGCACGACCAGCUAAACACCGAGCAGAAACUAAACCUUGCUGAUCUUUUACUUAGAUGUUACCAUAGAUGUGAAAUAUUUAAUACCAGUAAACGAUCAUCAGAAAUAAUGGCUAAUGAUACAUUUGUUAUCAUGAUGGCACACAUCAUGUAUGAUAUUUGGGUAGAAAAUAAUAGACUUACAUAUAUAAGAGAAGCAACGGUUGUACUUGAGUAUGCGUAUUCAUUAAGUCCCUCAAAUUUUCAUAUCAAACUAUUGUUAUUAAAAUUUUACCACAUGUUAGGAGCUGCCGAUGCAUCAAAUACAGCUUAUGUAAAUUUGGAAAUCAAAAACACUCAAUUGGAUUCUCUAGGAUAUCUGCAUACAUUUCAAGUUUUCAGUGAAGGCCGUUUUCAAAAUGCGUCAAAAUUGUAUUCAACAACAGUCAAGUUUUUCUCACAUAAUUAUCGUGAGGUAGCCGACCAUUUAACCAUUUCAUACAAGUAUGGUUCCUUUAUAAAAAUUAUUGAAUUUGUGGAAUUUCGGGAAAAACUCAAGUAUUCAGUUCAUAAUUCUAUGAGUGUCAUAGAAAACUAUUUUGUUUCAUUAAACGAUAUUGAUAGCACGGAAGAUUAUUUAGAGAUCGUUUUAAAGAUGCACGAUGUUACCGAAAUUUCAACAAAAUCUCAUCUUGAGAAAAUGAUAAACAACAGAGAUUAUUCAGUUCUAAUUAAUUACAACCCGCCUACUCGAUGUUUGACAGCUGACCAUUCUAUGCAAAUCUUUGCGCACGAUUUGUGUCUCCUUGAAAUUCGCUCUACUAUAUUAAGUUGUUUUUAUCACUGUGCUAAUGCAAUUAAAGAAUACGAAACAAAAGACUUUCAUAUUAAUCCUACCGAAUUAAAUGGUCUUAGUUUAAAUAAUAAUGCACACAAGUCAGAGCAUCUCGAACAAUUAGAUUUGCAUUUAGAAAAAUUAAAACUGUUAAUAGCUAAAUUGGAAAAAGAUCCUCCUAUUUCUGUUCCUAAAAACGUUUUUGGAAGCUUUUUUGAUUCCAAGUUAUUUUGUUAUGAAAGAUGUAAAAUCACAAUGACCAUAGCCAUUAGUUUUAUAGAGCUAGUUCGAACAAUCGGUAUGACGGUGAAAAAUAUUAACUCUUCGGACUCUGAAUGGGUGAACAAAUUGAAAACUGAUACUGUCAGUUUAAAUAAUGAAUUUGAAAAGGCAAUAGGUUGUUGUCAGUGUGUUACUGCUAAAACACUAAAUGAACUAGACCCCGAUAUAAAAUUAGAAGGCAGAAAAGAAGUUUUAGAAGUACUUUCGGUUAUGGUUGAAUUAAUUAAUAUUUCAUGUGUACUUACAUCAUUGGUAAUACUUCUAACAAAAGGUAUGCAAAACAGGGUAGUUACAGAUCAAAAAAAAAUCAAAGCCAAACGAAAAAAUCAAUCUACUAUAGUUCAAAAUGAGGCUGUGUCAAAAGACAAAUCAGAGACUAUUGGAAACAUUGUUAAAACUGUACAAAAUAGUACUAGUCAAUUAAUUUCUAUUGUAAAAAAUGUAGAAGAAACAUGGGAGAGAUUGGGUUGUGGCAACGCCGCUGAGUUAAUGUUAAAGAAGAAUGAUCCUGAUACGGUGAGCUAUGAUACGGAUGAAGAACGAGAAGCAAUAAAAAUGAGGCAAAUUACAGCAGAUAGAUGGCGACAAUUAGUUGCCACUAUUGAUAAGAAAAUUAGUGACAGUUAUAGUGGCGCUUUAGAUGAAAUGUUAAAGACAUUAAAUAAAAAACAGGUAUUUAUUAAUAAAAUUAUGGUAUGUUGAAAAUAAAUUGCUGUUAUUUUGUAAAUUAUGUAAAAUAUAAAAACAAUUAUAUAUAUACCAAAUUAGAGAUUAUUUAACUAUUUAAGAUGUACACUCUUA